CGUCGUGUUACACCGACACAAAGGAGAGCGGGGGGCUGGCGGUGUCCCAGGCUGUGUGAAAGUAGAGCGCUUGUUUUUUGGAUACUACAGAUACUGUAUGUCAUCACAAACUGUUUACACUCCAGCAUGAGUUCAGCCCUGGGUUAGUCGGACCUGCAGCCUACUUGCAAAGCGCAAGUUCGCUGGCACUUUAUCGAGGAAUCGCGUACAGAUAACAACGAUGGAGAGGAGCACCCCGGGAUGGUGCGUGCUGUUAACGCUCGUCCUGCAUGCAACGAGCUGCAUGGCGGCCAAAGAGCUCCAGUGCCAAGAAAUCUCCGUGCCUCUGUGCAAAGGCAUCGGCUACAACUACACCUACAUGCCCAACCAGUUCAACCACGACACGCAGGAUGAAGCUGGUCUGGAGGUGCACCAGUUCUGGCCGUUGGUGGAGAUUAAGUGCUCCCCGGACUUGCGCUUCUUCCUCUGCAGCAUGUACACACCGAUCUGCCUGGAGGACUACAAGAAGCCUCUGCCGCCGUGCAGGAGUGUGUGUGAGCGGGCCAAGGCUGGCUGCGCUCCGCUCAUGAGGCAGUACGGCUUCCCCUGGCCAGAUCGAAUGAGGUGCGACUUGCUGCCCGAACAAGGCAACCAAGACACGUUGUGUAUGGACUACAACCGUAGCCAGACCACCACUGCUUCUCCCGUGGUGGCGAAGCCGACCAACCGGCCACUAAAGCCAUAUAACCCCAGGAAGAAGAGUGGCUAUGGUCGCAGCAUUCCUGGGAAACACAAACCAGCAGCGUCCCCCUGUGAGCCGGGCUGCUUCUGCCGUACUCCCAUGGUGCCGGUGACCAGUGACGGCCACCCGCUGCACAACCGCGUCAAGACGGGACAGAUCAUGAACUGCGCUAUGCCUUGCCAUAGCCCAUACUUCACCCAGGAAGAGAGGACUUUUACUGCGUUCUGGAUCGGCCUGUGGUCCGUUCUCUGUUUCAUCUCUACGUUCGCAACUGUGGCAACUUUUCUAAUUGACAUGGAGAGGUUUAAGUACCCGGAGCGCCCCAUCAUAUUCCUCUCCGCCUGCUACAUGUUCGUGUCAGUUGGAUACAUUGUCAGACUGAUCGCCGGACACGGAGAAGUGGCCUGCAACCGGGAAAACGGCGCUGAACACAUUCACUAUGAAACCACAGGUCCUGCGCUCUGCACCAUCGUUUUUUUGCUCAUCUAUUUCUUCGGCAUGGCCAGCUCGAUCUGGUGGGUGAUACUGUCCCUGACUUGGUUUCUCGCCGCAGGCAUGAAGUGGGGAAACGAAGCCAUAGCCAGUUACGCGCAGUACUUUCAUUUGGCCGCCUGGCUCAUCCCCAGCAUGAAGUCCAUAGCAGUUUUGGCUUUGAGCUCUGUGGACGGGGACCCCGUGGCUGGGAUUUGCUACGUAGGCAACCAGAAUUUGGAUAACCUGCGGGGGUUUGUGUUGGCACCACUGGUUGUCUACCUGUUCAUCGGCACUAUGUUUCUGCUGGCUGGCUUCGUGUCGCUGUUCAGGAUCAGGAACGUAAUCAAGCAAGGGGGGACCAAGACUGACAAACUGGAGAGACUGAUGAUCCGGAUAGGAGUUUUCACCGUUUUAUACACAGUCCCAGCAACUGUCAUAGUGGCGUGUUACUUUUAUGAGCAGCACAACAGACAGACGUGGGAAAUUACGCACAACUGUACGUGUAUGACGGACCCUAACAGACAGAGACCGGACUAUGCUGUGUUUAUGCUGAAAUACUUUAUGUGCCUCCUGGUGGGCAUCACGUCAGGGGCCUGGAUCUGGUCCGGGAAAACCCUGGACUCCUGGAGGACUUUUUGCACGCGGUGUUGCUGGGGGAGUAAAGCCUCUGCAGGCUCUAUGUACAGUGAUGUGAGCACGGGACUGACUUGGAGGUCUGGGACUCCCAGUUCUGUCUCCUGCCCCAAACAGAUGCCACUAUCCCGGGUUUGAUCACAGGGGUCGUCCCCUCAAAUGCAUCGUAUGUCAUUUGACACCACUAAAGAAAACAACCAGCGUAUAUGAGCUCUUCUGCGGACUAAGUGGCGUAAAGACUGAAUCACGUGUUUUUAUUCAGUAAAUUAUUCUGGGUGAAUUACCAAACUGCCAGAGCAGAGUACAUUUUGGUCCAAAGCACUCUCCCACUGUGAACUGUGUUGAUUAUGUGGUCGUUUAUGCUCCGUUCUGCUUAGAAAAGUUAAACUAUCAGUUUGGAGCGCUACUUCCUUGCCUUAUCCUAAAUGACAUCCAUGGGUUUAAACGGAGCGGGCGGGGGAGGGGGG